ACAAAAAGGAAAACAGAAAAGAAUCCUACUAUUGUCGCUCAUUCGCUCGCUCCAUCUCUCUGACCAGCGAGCCCCCCAAGGAUCGGAUCUUCGCUUUAUGUGUAUCGCACUCGCUCCUCCGAUCGCUGACCCGGUCUAAUCGGUCUACGGGAACAUAUUCAAUUUUUGAAGAAUCAUUAGGGUUUAUCGUUAAUCAAUCUUCGCUUGACACUCGCAUGAAGUCAUGUUCAGAGAAUUCCUUUCAAUUGAGGAAUUAGUACUUUUUGGUCCAAAGAUCGUUCAAUUUGAACAUAUCAGUCUCAGGCGUCAAUGGCCGCCUCCCCUGUCAAGUUCCUCUUUGGUUUUUUGUUGCUCUCCAUCAUAUUAUGGUCGCUCUUCAUGGGUGCAACAAAUUUACACUGGAAGCAUAAUGAAAGGAACUUAGAAGGUGAAUCAUUUUUACAAUGAUUUGCUUCCAGGUUAGUGGCUUGGAUUUUAAGUCGUCUGAUGGGUGCAUCUGUUGCAUUUCGAGUUGGUGGAUGGAAAUGCCUAAGGGAUGUGGUAGUGAAGUUCAGAAAGGGUGCUGUUGAGUCUAUAUGUAUAGGUGAAGUUAAACUAAGCUUACGGCAGUCAUUGGUCAAACUUGGGGUUGGUUUCAUUUCCAGGGAUCCCAAGCUGCAGGUAGUAAUAUGUGACAUAGAAGUUGUACUGAGGCCUUCAAAGAAAAGCACACAAAAGUCUAAAACACGCAGACCCCACUCUUCGGGCCGAGGGAAGUGGAUGGUUGUGGCUAACAUAGCAAGAUUUUUGUCAGUUUCUGUGACGGAUUUGGUUUUUAAGACACCAAAAGCUACUGUUGAAGUUAAAGAACUGAAAAUAGAUAUAUCUAAAGAUGUUGGAUUGAAGCCAGAUCUUCUUGUUAAGCUACAUAUAAUUCCCAUUGUUGUUCACAUUGGCGAACCGUGGGUCAGUUCUGACCAUUCAUCCACCUUUAAUAGUGGGGGAUGUAUCUCUUCAGGCCAGACGUCCUCAGCUAUGAUUGAAAGUUCUGCUGCUGCUUUUAACUGUGAAGAAUUUUCCCUCUUCUGUGGAUUUGGGCAUGAUAGGGAAGUUGGUGUGAUUAUCCAGGAUGUGGACAUGACUAGUGGAGAGGUUACUGUGACCCUGAAUGAGGAGAUGUUUUCGAAGAAGACUCCAGCAGAUGCUAAUUCUUCCACAGAUAAAGUCAUGGGGUUACCUCCUGAUUCUAUGGCUGCUCAAAAUUCAAACAAGAAGCCAGCAGGGGUUGUUGCUCUUUCUAAGUAUUCUUCUUUAAUGCCAGAAAAGGUUUCUUUCAACUUACCAAAACUGGAUGUGAGGUUUGUACAUCGAGAACAUAACCUUGUUUUGGAAAACAACAUCAUGGGCAUUCAGUUGAAAAGCAUCAAAUCACGAUCCACAGAAGAUGUGGGGGACAGUACCCGUCUCGAUGUUCAAAUAGAUUUCAGUGAGAUACAUCUUCUUAGAGAAGUUGGCACUUCUGUGUUGGAGAUCCUGAAAGUCAAUGCUGUUUUUUCUGUCUAUAUCCCAAUUCAGCCGACUUCGCCUACCAGAGCUGAAAUUGAUGUUAAGCUGGGAGGUACUCAGUGCAACAUUAUAAUGAGCAGAUUAAAGCCAUGGUUGCAUCUUCACUCUUCGAAAAAGAAAAAAAUGGUGCUCCGUAGUGAAACUUCUACUCCUGAAAGGCGACCGUCAACUGAAUUUAAAGCCAUCAUGUGGACAUGUACUGUCUCAGCCCCUGAGAUGACUAUUAUGCUUUACAGCAUCAGUGGCUUGCCUCUGUAUCAUGGUUGCUCACAAUCAUCACAUGUGUUUGCAAAUAACAUCUCAAAUACUGGAACUGCAGUUCAUAUGGAGCUUGGUGAACUAAAUGUGGACAUGGUGGAUGAAUAUCAAGAAUCGCAAGAAAGUGUUUUUGGUGUAGAGUCUAAUUCAGGCUCCUUAUUAAAUAUAGCAAAAGUUAGCAUAGAUUGGGGCAGAAAGGACAGAGAGGUGUCCGAAGACAGUAGUGCUAGACAUAAAUCGGUUCUCUCUGUUGAUGUUACUGGUAUGGGUGUUUACUUUACCUUCAAGCACAUUGAGUCAUUGAUAAUAACUGCCAUGUCCUUUCAAGCUCUUUUGAAAAGCCUAUCUGCUUCUAGUAGAAGAGCUUCACAUGGCCAGGGAGAGCGUUCAUCUAAGUCAUCAGGGAAAGGAACACAGCUCAUAAAAGUUAAUCUUGAACGGUGUUCUGUUAACUUUUGUGGAGACACAGGCCUGGACAACACUGUAGUUGCCGAUCCCAAGCGUGUGAAUUAUGGAUCACAGGGUGGUCAAGUUGUAAUUGAUAUCUCAGCUGAUGGUACUCCUCGCAGGGCAACUAUAAUGCCUUCAAUUUCUGAUGAAAACAAAAGAUUAAAGUUCUCUGUUUCUCUUGACAUCUUCCUUUUCAGCUUAUGUGUGAACAAGGAGAAAAAUUCCACGCAAAUGGAACUUGAGAGAGCCAGAUCUGUGUAUCAGGAAUAUUUGGAAGAACGUAGGCCUGUUACAAAAUUUACGUUGUUUGAUAUGCAGAACGCAAAAUUUGUACGGCGUUCUGGUGGUCUUAAAGAGAUAGAUGUUUGCUCUCUUUUCAGUGCCACCGAUAUUACAGUAAGGUGGGAACCUGAUGUGCAUCUCUCACUGCUUGAGCUUGUUCUACAAUUGAAGUUACUGAUGCACAAUCAGAAGCUUCAUGGACAUGGAAAUACGUAUAUGGGGGAUGCAUCUAGCACGAUAGAUGCUGUAGAAAAGAAAGAAGCUACUUUAGAACCUGGACAUUUUGAUAAGCGAAAGAAAAAGGAAACAAUUUUUGCUGUUGAUGUGGAAAUACUGAAUAUCUCGGCUGAAAUUGGGGACGGGGUUGAGGUAAUGGUGCAGGUUCAGUCAAUUUUCUCUGAGAAUGCCCGUAUAGGAGUACUUCUUGAAGGACUUAUUCUUAGUUUCAAUGGUUCCAGAAUAUUCAAAAGCAGCAGGAUGCAAAUUUCUCGCAUUCCUAAUGCUUCUCCUGUUUCAUCUGAUUCCAAAUCGCCGUCUGAUAUCACAUGGGAUUGGGUGGUUCAAGGGCUUGACGUUCACAUAUGUAUGCCAUACAGGUUGGAGUUGCGUGCUAUUGAUGAUUCUGUUGAGGACAUGUUGCGAGGUUUGAAGCUCAUAACCACUGCUAAAACUAAUCUUAUAUCACCAAUAAAGAAAGAGAGCUCAAAACCUAAAAAAUCUAGCUCAACUAAAUUUGGAUGUGUGAAAUUUUGUUUACGCAAGCUCACCUUUGAUAUCGAGGAAGAACCAAUCCAAGGUUGGCUGGAUGAACACUAUCAGCUGAUGAAAAAUGAAGCCAGUGAGAUAGCUGUUUCAAUGAACUUUCUUGAUGAGUUAAUUUCCAAAAACAAUCAGUGUCCAAAAGCUACUGAGACAAAUGACUCGACCUGUGAAAAAAAGAUCAAAUAUAAUGGAGUUGAGAUUGAUAUACAAGAUCCUUCGGCUAUUCAGAAAUUGCGAGAAGAAAUAUAUAAGCAGUCAUUCAAAUCCUAUUACCAGGCAUGCCAGAAACUUGAGCCAUCAGACGGUUCAGGUGCAUGUAGGGAAGGGUUUCAGGCCGGAUUUAAACCUAGCGUCCGCAGAAAGUCUCUUCUUUCGGUUUUUGCUACAGAGUUGGAAGUGACCUUGACAAAUAUUGAUGAUGGAAAGGCUGGGAUGAUAGAGAUUCUAAGGAAGCUUGAUCCUAUAUGCCUUGAACACAAUAUACCAUUCUCUAGACUAUAUGGUAGCAAUAUUUUCUUGCAGGCUGGCACCCUGGCUGUUCAGUUAAGAAAUUACUCAUUUCCUCUUUUUUCUGCUACUUCUGGCAAAUGUGAAGGUCGCAUUGUAUUAGCACAGCAGGCUACCGCGUUUCAGCCACAAUUAUACCAGGAUGUCUUUGUCGGCAGAUGGAGAAAGGUGCGAAUGCUUCGUUCAGCAAGUGGCACAACUCCACCAGUGAAAACAUACUCAGAUUUGCCUAUACAUUUUCAGAGAGCAGAAAUAUCUUUUGGAGUGGGAUAUGAACCAUCUUUUGCUGAUAUAAGCUAUGCUUUUACUGUAGCCCUUCGCAGGGCUAAUCUUAGUGUCAGGAACCCUUCCCCACUGGUGCAGCCACCUAAAAAGGAACGUAGUUUGCCAUGGUGGGAUGAUUUGAGAAAUUACAUUCAUGGAAAUAUCAGCUUAUUCUUUUCUGAAUCUAGAUGGACUGUUCUUGCAACUACUGAUCCGUAUGAGAAGCUUGACAAACUUCAAAUGUUAUCUGGAUCCAUGGAAAUUCAACAGUCUGAUGGCCGUGUUUAUGUUUCUGCAAAAGAUUUUAAGAUUUUAGUAAGCAGUUUGGAGAGUUUGGCAAAUCGUCGUGGUUUGAAACUUCCUGCAGGUGUAUGUGGUGCUUUCAUAGAUGCACCGGUCUUCACUCUGGAAGUUACGAUGGAUUGGGAGUGCUAUUCUGGCAGUCCCCUAAAUCAUUAUUUAUUUGCACUUCCUGUUGAAGGGAAGCCUCGUGAAAAAGUUUUUGACCCCUUCAGAUCGACAUCUCUAUCCCUUCGGUGGGACUUGUCUCUUAGACCCUCUCUUCCCUUAAGUGAGAAUCAAUCAGCAUCCUCUUUAGUGAGAGGUAGCACUGUUGUAGAUGCAACUGUUUAUGAUCCACCUUUUAAGCCUGACAAUGUUUCAGUUGCUUCACCAAUGAUGAAUUUUGGAGCUCACGAUUUAGCUUGGUUGCUUAAAUUUUGGAACAUGAAUUAUCUUCCUCCCCAAAAAUUGCGUACUUUCUCUCGUUGGCCUCGUUAUGGAGUCCCAAGAGUUGCUAGAUCAGGCAAUUUGUCUAUGGACAAGGUGAUGACAGAAUUUAUGUUCCGCAUUGAUGUUACUCCUACUUGUAUAAAGCACAUGCCAUUAUAUGAUGAUGAUCCAGCCAAAGGACUGACAUUUAAUAUGUCAAAGCUGAAAUAUGAACUUUGUUUUAGUCGGGGAAAGCAAAAAUACACCUUUGAGUGCAUUCGUGAUACUCUUGAUCUUGUUUACCAGGGUCUCGACCUGCACGUGCUAAAGAUUUUCAUAAAUAAAGAGGACUGCACUAGCGUUGCUAAAGUAGUUCAAAUGACAAGGAAAAAUUUCCAUUCUGCAUCCAUGGAUAGGGUUCUCAGUGAUAAAGACAAUUCUAUGGGUGGUUGCACAGAGAAGCAUCGUGAUGAUGGAUUUUUUUUGUCAUCAGAUUAUUUCACAAUCAGAAAACAGGCCCCAAAGGCUGACCCUGCAAGGUUAUUGACAUGGCAAGAAGCCGGAAGAAGAAAUCUUGAGAUGACAUAUGUGAGGUCUGAGUUCGAAAAUGGGAGUGAGAGUGAUGACCACACGCAUUCUGACCCAAGUGAUGAUGAUGGAUAUAAUGUUGUAAUUGCUGACAAUUGUCAACGCAUUUUUGUUUAUGGCCUUAAGCUUUUAUGGACAAUUCAGAACAGAGAUGCUGUUUGGUCCUGCGUUGGCGGAAUAUCCAAAGCAUUUGAACCUCCAAAGCCUUCUCCUUCUCGGCAGUAUGCACAGAGGAAAUUGCUCGAGCAGAAACAGUCACAUGCUGGAGCGGAGGUGCUUCAGAAUGAUAUCCCCAAGCCGCCUUCUACUAACCAUGGUGUGAACCUCCUUUCUCAGAAUGUGGAGUCGUCGGAAUCUCUUUCAUCUCCUUCCCACCCUGCCAAUGCAGAGAAUGCAUCAUCUGCUGUUGUUGCAGCUAAAGAUGGGAACAUAAAUGAUUCUGAGGAGGAGGAGGGGGGUACUCGACACUUUAUGGUGAAUGUUAUUGAGCCACAAUUUAAUCUCCACUCAGAAGAAGCCAAUGGUAGAUUUCUGCUUGCUGCUGUUAGUGGACGUGUAUUGGCCCGAUCAUUUCAUUCAAUCCUUCAUGUGGGCUAUGAGAUGAUCGAACAAGCACUUGGUACUGAUAAUGUCCAUAUUCCUGAAUCUGCCCCUGAAAUGACGUGGAAGCGCAAGGAGUUAUCUGUAAUGUUGGAGCAUGUUCAAGCUCAUGUUGCACCUACUGAUGUUGAUCCAGGGGCUGGACUGCAGUGGCUUCCGAAAAUCCAUCGAAGCUCUCCUAGAGUAAAGCGGACUGGUGCUCUACUUGAAAGGGUGUUUAUGCCUUGUGACAUGUACUUCCGUUAUACAAGGCACAAAGGGGGGACUCCAGACUUGAAGGUGAAGCCCUUGAAAGAACUUACUUUCAAUUCCCAUAACAUAACAGCGACAAUGACGUCUCGCCAGUUUCAGGUUAUGCUGGAUGUGUUGACCAAUCUUCUCUUUGCAAGACUUCCUAAGCCUCGGAAGAAUAUUUUGUCCUAUCCUGCUGAAGAUGAUGAAGAGGUUGAAGAGGAGGCAGAUGAGGUGGUUCCGGAUGGGGUUGAAGAGGUGGAACUUGCAAAAAUUGACCUUGAACAUAAAGAGAGAGAACAGAAGUUACUUCUUGAUGACAUCAGGAAAUUGUCCCUUCAAUGUGAUGCCAUGGGAGAUCUAUACUCAGAAGGAGAAGGAGAUUUGUGGAUGAUAAGUGGUGACAGAUCCACACUUGUGCAAGGACUGAAGAGAGAGCUUGCAAAUGCAAAAAAGUCGAGGAAGGAGGCAUCAGCUUCAUUAAGGAUGGCCUUACAGAAGGCCGCUCAGCAACGGCUGAUGGAGAAGGAGAAGAAUAAGAGUCCUUCCUAUGCCAUGCGUAUAUCUUUGCAAAUUAACAAGGUUGCUUGGAGCAUGCUUGUAGAUGGUAAAUCUUUUGGCGAGGCUGAGAUAAAUGACAUGAUAUUUGAUUUUGACCGGGACUACAAAGACAUUGGUGUCUCACAGUUUACGACAAAGUAUUUUGUUGUAAGAAAUUGCCUGCCUAAUGCCAAGUCAGAUAUGCUUUUAUCAGCUUGGGAUCCUCCGUCAGAGUGGGGAAAAAAAUUCAUGCUACGAGUAGAUGCAAAGCAGGGAGCCCCAAAGGAUGGAAACUCUCCUCUUGAACUUUUCCAGGUAGAGAUUUACCCUCUUAAGAUCCAUUUGACAGAGACAAUGUACAGAAUGAUGUGGGAGUACUUCUUCCCUGAAGAAGAGCAAGAUUCGCAACGGCGGCAGGAAGUUUGGAACGGCUUAAGACGGGUCAAGAAAGGUUCAUCAGCCCAUGAAGCUUCUGCAUCAAGCAGUAAUCCAGCAAAAGAGUCUGAGGCAUCAAGGUUGCAAAACGUGAAGGGAAAUACCAUACGCAGUUCAGUUCCAGAAUUAAGAAGAACGUCCUCUUUUGACAGAACAUGGGAAGAGACUGUGGCAGAAUCUGUCGCCAAUGAACUUGUGCUGCAGGUUCAUUCAUCCAGCACGAGUUCCUUGAAAAGUGGGGCACUUGGUUCUAUUGAGCAAACAGACGAAUCCAAUAAGAGCAAAUUGAAAGACUCCAAACCUGCCAAGUCUGGUCGAUCAUCUCAUGAAGAAAAGAAGGCUCCCAAGUCACAGGAAGAGAAGAGAUCUCGGCCUCGAAAAGUGAUGGAAUUUCACAAUAUUAAGAUAAGUCAGGUCAAGCUACUGGUUACAUACGAAGGAUCAAGAUUUGUUGUCAAUGAUCUUAAGUUGUUGAUGGAUACAUUUCAAUGUGUUGAGUUCACUGGGACUUGGAGGAGAUUGUUUUCUCGUGUCAAGAAGCAUAUCAUAUGGGGAGUCCUAAAGUCUGUGACCGGAAUGCAGGGUAAGAAAUUCAAAGACAAAGCGCAUAGUCAAAGGGAUCCUACUGUAACUGGUGUCCUUGAUGGCGACCUCAACCUCAGUGACAACGAAGGAGGUCUGGUGGCAAAACCUGAUCAGCAUCCAAUUACCUGGCUCAAGCGCCCAAGUGAUGGAGCAGGUGAUGGAUUUGUCACUUCCAUAAGGGGCCUGUUCAAUACUCAACGUCGCAAGGCCAAGGCUUUCGUGCUGCGGACUAUGAGAGGUGAAGCAGAAAAUGACUAUCAUGGUGAGUGGAGUGAAAGUGAGGUGGAAUUUUCUCCAUUUGCUAGGCAGCUCACUAUAACAAAAGCUAAGAGGCUCAUUAGGCGGCACACGAAGAAAUUCCGUUCAAGGGGACAGAAAGGUUCAUCGUUCCAACAAAGAGAGUCACUUCCAUCAUCUCCUAGAGAGACAACUCCAUUCGAGAGCAAUUCUUCGGGUGAAUUGUCUCCUUACGAGGAUUUUCACGAGUAUAAAUCUGAUACCUGAUGGCUAUUCUUCCAAGGCUUUGAAAUGGGGCACUCAAUGGCCUUGUGUUUGUACCUACUUCAUUCCACUGGGUUUGUUGGACAACUCAUAAGAUUGUAAUUGCUUUGUUGGACAACUCAUAAGAUUGUAAUUGCUUGAGCUUGGUGAUGAAAUCUUGCAAGACUCAAGAUGUUGCAAGGCUAUACCUCUCACAGAGAUGUUGGAAGGAAUGCCUAUGGCUAUGAAGGUAUGGUUUGAAACAUCGUAUGCCUUCAAUAGUCUGUACUACUGGGUUUUGUAUCAGCUUGUUCAGCUAUGAGAGCUCAUCAGAGGUGCUAAUUAUUUAUGCUGAGCAUUUUAAUUUCACUUGUAGCUAUAUUUGUAAUUAAUUGAAUAUGAAAAAUUCUGGAAUGCUAUAAAGACAUACCAGGAAUGUUGUACAUAGAAUAUAUUAUUGAAAAUGAAUAAAAAGCAGGGAACAGAGUCUCUCGCAGAUACCUGCUAGCGCACAGAUUUGUCAAA